AUGGGAUUAGGUGCAUGUCAAAAUUCAAAAUCAGGAUUUCCAGGAAAUCAAACAAUUUCAAUAAAUUCAUCUAAUGGAAGAAAAGAAAAUGUACAAAAUAACUUAAAUUCUCCUCAACAAACUUUUCAAACUGCUGACUCCAAUCAAAAUAGAAACACUUACAACAGACCUCAAAACAGACAGCCCAUGAACCCAGGAACUCAAAACUGGAAUAAUGGUGUAUCUAGCAGAAACUGGAAUGGUGGGCCACCAAUCUGGACCACUGGCAAUUUACAGAAUGGACCCUCUGGUACAAAGGUCAACAAUGUACCAUCCUCAAAUAAUAAAUGGAACAAUGGUCAGCAAAACAAUAACAGACGUUUUAAUGUAAACUGGAACAAUGGACCACCAAAUGGUAACUGGAAUAGUGGACCACCAAAUGGUAACUGGAAUGGUGGACCACCAAAUGGAAACUGGAAUGGUGGACCACCAAAUGGUAACUGGAAUGGUGGACCACCAAAUGGUAACUGGAAUGGUGGACCACCAAAUGGUAACUGGAAUGGUGGACCACCAAAUGGUAAUUGGAAUAAUGGGCCAUCAAAUGGUAAAUGGAAUGGAAAUGCUCCUACUGGAAAUUUGCAAAGUGCACCAACUAAUGGUAAUUGGAAUAAUGGGCCACUAAAUGCAAAUACUGGACAUCCUAAUGGAAACUGGGACAAUGGACCCCUAAAUGGGUCUCCAUAUGGACCUUGGAGUCAAGGUCCACCUUUCACUGGCCCUGGAUUUCAUUUGCUAGAUCCUGACCUUCCUGAUGGGCUGGAUACAAUGUAUCAACGAAUGCAAGCUAUGCAAGCUAUGCAUGCAGUGAAUCAGUAUGCUGGUAACCUUGGAGCAUUUGAUAUUAUUCCCCCUAUGGCUUUUCCGCAUCCUAUGCAAGUCCCUAUUAUGGACCAUGGACCCCCUGGUGUGGGUACUGACCCCAAAACAGGAUUUCCCAUGAGGCCUCACACAAGAGCUGGAGUCUGGAAGGGAAUCGAUUCUCCAAGUGAAAACAGUACAGCUAACAUAACAAUGGCAUUCUCAAGACGAAAUUCAGCUGUGCCAAAAACAAUUCAACCCAAACUAGCUGAGUUCUUACACCAUGGACAGAUUGAUUCAGUAAAUGAAACUAAUAACUCAAGUGGAAUAAAUGGAACACAUUUCCAAUCAAAGACAAUGAAUGUUUCCCAGAACUAUCCUUACAAUCCUUAUAAUUAUGGUUUUAAUGCUUUUGGAUUUAAUCCAUGGGCUCAGUCAUAUCAACCUGAUAUCCCUGACCACCUGGAGAACAAAAAUGAUAGGGCAAAGGCUAUUGAGAACAAGCCCCCAUAUAAUCCUCCUCCAUACAAUCAAGCAAGUUGGUCUCAAAUGCCUAGACAAAGAAUGAAUGGGUUGACCCUGACAAAUCAGACAGGAGAACCUGCAACAAGUGAAAUCAUGAGUCAAGGAAUUCAGAAUGUCCAAAAGAUACAGAGUCAAAUGCCUUCAAAGGGAUGGCUGGCUUCCUCUCCUCAACAGCAAAGAACAAAUCAAGCAUGGCCAUUUCAACAACAGAGAUAUCAACCAUGGACACCUUCCUCAAUACAACAAAGCUCAAAUUUACAGGGAACAAAGAAACCUGACCCUGAUGGAGAAAAACAAGGUGGAGAUGUCGAAAAAGAAGUGGAUAAAGAUAAAGAAGAAAGCCGAACCAAAACCAAUAUUGAUGUGAUCAGAUCUGUUCUGGAUGAAGUUUACAGACAGAGAAACAACAAAGACUUGUCACUGUCAUCUAUAAUGGAUGCUAUCAACAACAGGGAAACAAAAAUCAAAAUGCAGUACAGAUAUGAAGGAAAUGUCCCUCCACCACCUUGGACAAAGCAGUUAGAAAAUAUUGAGCAACAAAAAAGAGAGCCAGUACCUACAUCUAAACCCGCUGAAUUGGUAGAACAAGAAGUAAACAAAACAAGUAUUCCUAGGACUGGAGCAAGUUUCAGGUUUUCAUCAAAAUACAUUCCACAAAACUUUGCAACUCUGAUAAAAAAUCCAAGACUACCAUCCAAUUCAAAUUUUCCUUCAAGUGCACAGGCUCCUCAAAACAUUUCAAACAGUAGAUGGACUCAGACUCCCCACAAACCUUCAAAACAACCAUCUAACCCUACAACCAUUGCCAAUAAAGUUCAAACAAAAGAAAUCAUCCAACAAGCCAUUGGUAUAGUUCAACAAUCUUCUAAAUCAAACAAUAAAGCCAUUUCAGACCUCGCUCAUAUUUUAGGAGACAGCUUGACAACUACUACAGAAAAAGUUGCCACACUGAAUGUGGAUACUGAAAUCACAAUACAAAAAGGGGACAAGGUACAUGUGAUAAAUCAUGAACAACUUAUCACUGUUCCAAUCAAUAGAACUACUCCAUCAACUCCAUCACAGAACAAGAUGGGGGUAACUAUGGCUGUAAUGGAAAUAAUGCCAGAAUUAACUACACCACAAGAAAUGGUUGAAAAGAUUCCUAUUCCUGCAGAAUCUACACUAUCCCCAUCUUCCACCUUUGGUAUUAUAGUAGGAGCACUCAUAGGACUGACUGUCAUUCUGGGACCUAUUAUAUGUAUUUUAUGCAGAGUUCGUAGGAGACAUGGAGAAAAGAAACGGAAAUUGUCUGCUAAACAAAGUGGAUACAGAAGAGGUGAUGCUGAGGCAAUGGAAACCAUGAUCACUUGUGAUUUUGGAGACCCUCUACCAUCUAGCAGUUUUGGGAUUGGUGCUGGUGCUAAAGCUAAAGUGAAAAGCUUCCUAACAAAAACAGUCAGUCCUGGAAAAUCAAGCACAGAACUUCAAACUAUGAAACCUAAAAGUCAAACUACGACUGCAAUGAUUCACUGAAUUAUAUUUCUUAGACUUUUUGCUGUAUGUUUUUAAAAAAAGUUUUUAUUUUUCCUUUGAAAACGGAUGUUGGAAAUCCAAAAACCUUAAAAUCAUGCAAAUACCACUGCUAUAACUGUACUACAUAAACUUACACAGGAAAAUUUUGUCUCCUUUGUGCAAAUAAAUGACUAAAUAUCUUUAGAUUCUUUUG